CUAUACACAAUCCCCCACCUAUUUAUACUGCACAUACACUUUCAAAUACUCAUUCAUCAAGAUUCAAGAUCAUACAUCUCUCUUUUAGCUUGCUUUUGUUAUUCUAAUGGCUUCUCUGCUUCUUCUUGCUUCUGAGCUUCUCAAACACUCACACACCGACUUGACAUGCUCAUCAUCACCAGCUCUGCCUUUUUAUUCUUGUGGUGCUACUAAUUCCGCCGGAGUUCCUUGCUUUACGGAGAACAGAGCUGCUAAGCUGCCGGAAAGAGCUCUGACCAGUCGUCAGUUUUGUAACGAGAAAGAAGAUUUCGAAGAAGAUAUCGCCGACUUGAGGAUUUGUGUUGUGGACAUCGUUUGGCCUUAGAAUAAGAAUCUGUGUAUAUUAAUUUUAUUAUUUUGAUGCUUAAAGUUGGAUCAAUGUAAAAUCGCUUUUUUGCUUUAGUUUUGGCCUUAACAAUGUUGUUGCCCUCAUCCAUUCAUGGUCAAUCACAGCAUUGCAGUUCAUUCGAUAAUAAACCUAAUCUCGAAUUAUAAAGCUAUAACACACUCAAACCCGAAUCAAUAAAAUGUUGGAUUGAAUCGUACCACCGUCUAUUGGGAAUUAUCGCUCAUUUUUGUAUUUAGCCAUUUUAUUUUCCAAUUAUUUCUUCAAUUAAGAAAACAAAGAAUAAUAAUUAUUAUUGUUGGCAUUCUCUCUUAGUCCAAUAGGAAAGCUCUCCUCUCAUAAUUAUUCAUGACUGUUUAUGUUUCUAGUUAUGACCUCUUGAUUGUGCACAAGAAAUUUUGUAACAAAGAGGAUUUCGAAUGCAGCCGAAUUGAGGAUUUUUGUUGUAGACAUCUUCUGGCCUUAGAAUGAAGAAUGUGUAUACAUUACUUUUCAUUGUUUUGAUGCUUAAAGUUGGAUCACUGUAAAAUACAACUCUUAAUUUUGUCUGUUUUUCACUUCAGUUUGUUAACCAUUCUCCGCUCUUAUUCUUGGAUCCUUAAUAUUUUGGACGGCAAGAUUUUAACCAUUGACAUGUUAGAUCAGUGUCUGUCAAAUCCAAAAUGAUCAUCAAGAUCUUAACUAUGGUGCAAUGCUAAAUGGCGGUGUCUUGAGAUUGCACACGGUCACUGUUCCGAAUUUUGCACUCGAAGUAUAUUUCACAACUGAUUUCAUGCUCAAAACUAGACCGACUCAGGCAAGAUCAAAAUACAAAAACGGAUGAGAUUUCCAAGUUUAAUUCUGUGCAUGCAAGCAGCAAGGUCUAGAACAUUAAGCCCGAUUGUUUUCCACGGAUGACCUCAGCACCUCAUAAUUGAUUACUAGUCGUUUCCAAGUUGGAUUUUGUGAGGACAAGUCUAUCCGAUGUAUAUACUAAUAUCAGCAUAUUGCACCCCCUAAAAACAACUUAAUGAUUGCAAACACAAACGCAUGCAUUCGAACGUGCACCAUGAAAUAGAGGUGAAUCGUGUUUCGAUUGAAAUAGAAUUCCAAAGUAAAAGCAAAAUUUGCAUUCACAAGCCUGUACUCUGUACACCAUCAUACAUAACAACCUCAUUUCGGCUGUACCUCAUUCAGUUCAAUUAUUCAAAGCUUCAAAACCCUUUAAAAUCACCAAUAUUGACUGCAACUCAGGUGCAUUUCUUUCGUUAAAGAACGAUGGCCAUUCUCUGUGCAAAACCCCUGGGCUUUUCACUCCUUUGUUUGGUCAUUGUUUUCGGUGUAACGCAUGGCUAUGAAACAGCAAGCAUAGCACAGCCACCCUGUACUGCGCUCCCUCCAGCAUCUGCUCCAGUAAGCAUAGCACAACCACCCGAAAAUACUGUAUUCCCACCAGCAUCUGCUCCGACAAGCAUACCAGAGCCACCCACGACAGCAAUUCCUCCAGGCAUAGCACAGCCACCCUGUACUAGUGGAUUACCACCAGCAUCUGCUCCGAUAAGCAUACCAGAGCCGCCCACUACAGCAAUUCCUCCAGUAAGCAUAGCACAGCCACCCGAAAAUACUGUAUUCCCACCAGCAUCUGCUCCGACAGGCAUACCAGAGCCGCCCACUACAGCAAUUCCUCCAGGCAUAGCACAGCCACCCUGUAGUAGUGGAUUACCACCAGCAUCUGCUCCGAUAAGCAUAUCAGAGCCCCCCGUUACUGCAAUCCCCCCAAGCAUAGCACAGCAACCCUGUAGUAGUGUAUUCCCCCCAGCAUCUGCUCCAACAAGCAUAGCAGAGCCACCCAGUAGUACUGUACUCCCACCAGCAAAUGCUCCGUUAAGCACGUCAGAGCCACCCACUGCUGCAAUCCCUACAAGCAUAGCACAACCACCCUGUAGUACUGUACUCCCACCAGCAUCUGCACCCGUUCAGGAAGCACCCAGUGACAUGCUGAUUCCACCACCUAAGAAGCUUGUGGCGGUGCAAGGUAUGGUCUACUGCAAGCCCUGCGACAAUAGAGGAGUUGAAAAGCUCUCGGGAGCUGCUCCGCUUGAAGGUGCUGUGGUGAAGCUGCAAUGUAAAAACACAAAGUACCCCCUGGUGGUCCAAACUAAGACAGACAAGAAUGGGAAAUUUUUCAUCAAGGCACCCAAUACUGUAACUACCUAUGGAUAUCACAAAUGUAGAGUGUUCUUGGUGGAUUCACCUGCUAACAAUUGCAACACUCCCUCCAAUUUAAACAACGGACUGCAAGGGGCGAUGUUGAUGAGAUCCUCAAAGCCGCCAGGGUCUGCCCAAGCUCCAGUUGAUUUUGAAUUGUUCAGCGUCGGGCCUUUUGCUUUCGGUCAUAAACUUCCAUGCCCAAGUUGGGUACAUUAGGCAUGGGACGAUAUGUUAUGUUUGUAUCACAAUUUUGGCGGUUCCAGGAUUGUUGUGUAAUGUGUCCAGGAUCUUUGGUGACAAUAAAUAAAUAAAUCCAGGGUGAUGAUAUCUUCUUUUAUUAAAGUAAUAAUCAUCAAUAUACUUAUAUAAAGGAGA